AUUCUAACCUCUGAUCGCAAUGCGAGGGCGGGCGUUACAUACCUACUCUGUGGGGGGUUAUUAUUCUGAGUUCGACAAGGAUCGUAAAUAAAUAAAACUCAUAUAUAAAACUCGAGUGAUUGAAUGCUGUGAUUGAAUGCCUGAAAGCCUAAAACUUAAAACCAGGAAAGGUUGAAGUUAAAACUUACCUACCAGCUGCAACAGCAACAGCAAGCAGUGCUUCAUUCAACAUGAGUCACAGAGAUAUCAGCAGUAUUGAAGUCGAGAACGGGAAGCAUAAGUCUGAAUGGAAUAAGUAUAAAACCAGUAGGAUUAGCAGAAAAUUAUCAGUUGUGGAUGAAUCCCGGCUGCUAUCGUCGAUGUCGCAGGAUUUGCCCGAGCGAUCUUGGUCGGAGAUAUUCAGCAAGGAGGACGCGGACAUGGUGGUGCUGGAGGUGCGCGAGCAGCUGCUGCAGGGCGCCCUGGCCCAGCCGGCCCCCGCGCGGCCGCCGCCCGCCGCGCGCGCGCGCCUCGCCGCCCGCUGCGCCGCCACCGCCGCGCUGCAGGUCAUCGACUGGUACUUCUACCGCCACGACCCCGGCGAGGAGGGCUCGUGGCCGGCGGUGUCGGUGCCGCGGCGCGCCGCCUCGUGGCUGGCGGAGGCGCCGCCCGCGCCCGCGCCGCCCGACGCCUGCGCGCGCCAGCCGCUGCCCGUGCGCCCCCCCGCCGCCCCCGCGCCGCCGCCGCCGCCGCGCGCCGGGCCCAGUGCUGACUCGAUGCACUACCCCGACGUACAAGAUAUCCCGAGGGAAUGCUGGUUCCCUGGAAAAAUUAAAUGGCCAAAAUCGGAAGGAGAAUCAUACGUAAUUUAUGGAGAUUCCCGCAGUGGGUUCUCUGACAGCAGCGGCGACUGGCUGCGCGACGCGUCGGGCAGCGCGCUGGCGCCGAGCAGCGAGCUGCUGCAGCGCGUCACCGACUACACCGACCCAUCGCUGCCGGUGUCCCCGCGCCCCUCGCCGCGCGUGCCCUCCGCCGCGCUGAUCGAGGGCGAGGCGUGGUCAGCGCGCCCCUGCGAGACCGCGCCCCCCGCCCCCGCGCCCCCCGCGCCCCCCGCUGUGCCCCGACCGCCGCCGCCGCCACCGCCAGCAAAGACCAACUUGUCGGUGCGGUCGGUGCGGUCAGUGCGCGCCCCCCGCGCGGCGCCCCCACCCCCGCCCGCCCCCGCCCGGCUGUCCCACUGCAGGCUGCGACCGCUCAGACUAGAAACUCAGUACGAAGUUAACUCGGAGAAGAUAGAGUCAAAACCAGCAAAAGCCGACAAGAAAAAGAAGAAAUGA